UGACCUUCUUGACCAGAGAUGAAAUCCUGUGAGAGCCCGCAGGAGAGGGGGCCCUGCUGGUCCCCACUCCCAGCCCACCACGCCUCUCUUCUUAGCAUCCACAACUCCUUCCUGAAGCUCUGUCCCCCCGGGAAGUACUACAAGGAGGCCACCUUGACCAUGGACCAGGUCAGCUCCCUGCCAGCUCUGAGGGUCAAUGCUUUAAGAGACCGAAUCUGCAGAGUGUUCUCCCACAACGAUGGGUUCUCCUUCGAGGAUGUGCUGGGCAUGGCAUCUGUGUUUAGCGAGCAGGCCUGCCCCAGCUUUAAGCUCGAGUAUGCCUUCCGCAUUUACGAUUUUAAUGAGAAUGGCUUCAUCGACGGGGAGGACCUGCAGAGGAUCAUCCUCCGCCCGCUCAACAGCGACAACGUGUCAGAGGACCUGCUGACCGACCUCACCAGCCACGAUCAUGACUCCCUUCCUGGGUCUCCAGAUCAAUAGCCCACCCCAAGGGGCCCUCCCAGCAACACUGCAGCCACUACAGGCAGGUGGGCCAACAGCAGGUCAGCCUCCGAUGCACACUUCACAACAUCCCCUCCCCUACAUUAUUCCAGCACAACGCCCAGAUGUCCUAGAGUGACAGGCCAAAGUAUGGCAGGACAUGAAGACAGCCAUGGACCCAUUUGUCCUAAGACCAUGAGAACAUUUUGGUCUGGAUGGGAACUAGGGGCAGAUAUGAGGGCUCAUCGCUGCCUCCCCACCCUGACUGAGCCCCUUGCAGUGCAGAGCCCCUGCCUGUGACUGGGUGACAAGAGCGGGUGGGGGAUGUCACCCUGUCCAUCACCCCAUACCCGUUCUCACUGCCAAGUUUGUCCUGGAGGCACCAAGACAACUCUUCCCAUGAUGAGACCAGCCCACAAGGUCCCAGACAGCUAUGCACAUGACAUCUCUCUGCACCUCCGUGUCCUUGUCUGGGGCAGGGAUAGAGCACCUGCCUCCCAGGGGACUCCAGGGAUGCUAAGUACCCAGCGAGAGCUUGGCUUACGGUAGCGCUCAGCACGUGUGCUUCCCCCCACGCCUGCGCCCCCAUCUCCUUUUCUGAUUCUCUGCUCUCUGGCUCCUCUG